AUGGCUAAUAAAUUUCCCGCAAUUAUUAAAUUUGGUUAUUGUGAUUUUCGUGAAAGUCAUCAAGUAAAUGAAGACGAAGUUAAGUUCAAAACUCAUGCUAAGUGUAAUAUUUGUAAAGAGCCAAUAACUGAAACUAAAGGUACAACUUCUAGCUACACAAGACAUUAUAGUAAUGUUCACCCUGAAAAACACGCAGAGUAUGUGGCACAGAAACAUAUUAAUUUCAAUCGCAAACAAAUAAUUAUUGACACAUUCUUCACAAAACAGAAUAGUUCGUACGGAUCGAAACAUUCUGACCAAAUUAAAAUUACAGACUCCUUAGUUGCAAACCUUAUUGUUGGUUGCUCACUUCCAUUAUCUCUUGUCGAGAAUUCAAAUUUUCGGAAAUUUAUCUGCGAUAUGAAUAACAAGUACAUACUACCAUCACGAAGCCAUCUAACAUCUCAAUUAAUACCAGAGGCUGUUAAAGAAAAAAGAGAACUUAUUUCAAAACAAGUUCAGUCCAUUGGGCAUAUAGCAAUGACUGUUGAUAUAUGGACUGAUAGAAGGAUGCAUUCAUAUCUUGCUUGUACGGGACACUACUUUUCUGAUGGCAAGCUCCAAAAUUUUCUUUUGGCUUUUCGUCCAGUCAAAGGAAGGCAUAAUGGUCAAUUAAUUGCAGAUGAACUAAAUAAAAUCAUUGAGAAAAAUCGAAUCAGAACAAAGCUAGGAUGUGUUGUAACUGAUAACGCCUCAAAUAUGAAAAAAGCUUUUGAUGUGCUCAGUGAAUUACAGGCUAAUGAGAGUGAAGAUGAAUCUAGACAUAUUGUUAUAGUUGAUGACGAAGAAAUGUGGAAUGAUCUGCAUGAAGAAUUUCAACUCAUUGUGAAUGAAGCUAUCGAGCAACAUGCAACUGAAAGAUUGGCCUGCUAUGCGCAUUCUUUGCAGCUGUGUGUAAAAGGUGGACUAACUCAUCUGAAAACAGCUAACAGUUUGUUAGCUAAAUGCUCAAAGCUGGCAAAUUUAACACAUCAAAGUACGCUUUUCCGUGGAAAUUUUGAGUCAAAGUUUAGAAAAGGACGCUCUAUACCAAAAACCAAUGCUACAAGGUGGGACAGCAUGUUUGUUCAGCUUUAUCAGGUUUGUUCAGUAUUAUCAGUUUGGAUCCUGUAAAACUUUCGGAUUUGCUCAGAGGAGACCAUAGUAAUCUUAUUUUGACACAACGUGAGAUGGCAAUGUUGCGUGAGCUAGUAGAAAUUCUUCAGCCUUUUGCAGAGGCUACAGAUUUGUUACAGGGUGAUAGCUAUCCAACAAUAGGAUGCGUUGUGCCUUCAAUUGUUGGCCUGCAUAAGUGUCUUAACACACUCAGUUCAACUGUCAAGUAUCACAUUCCACUGGUUAACGGUUUGUUGAGCUCCUUGUGUGACAGAUUUGGUGGAUUGUUGCAGAAUGUCAAAAUUUUGCCAACAGGUGACAAAAUUAAGAAGAACCUAAAUUUUCUCCAAUGCUUUACCUAAUGGCCUCAGCCUUAGAUCCCAGUUAUUCGUUACUUUGGCUAGAGGAAGACCAUCCUGGACCAGAUGAUGUCAAAAGAUUUGUUCGUGAACAUAUUGCGACUCUUAUAACAGCAGAGGUUUCGGCCAUUAUAGUAAAGUCGCAAACCACUCAAGAUCUAUUGGCACCUUCUACUCAAAAUUUAUUUAUUAUUUUAUUUGACCCC